AGCGGACGGCGGUGGCUGCUCCUUGAGGUCGCGCCCCGCCCCGCCCAUCGGACGGCAGCGACCAAUAAUAUGUGAGGUUCGCUCGCGCGGCUGCUGCGCCACCUGGGGGAACACCGGAAGCUCUCCGGCGCCGGGGGCGGAGCUUGUCCCUACUCUGCGAGCUGAGUCCCAGAGGCGGCGGUGGCCUGGAGGUUCCUUACUGAGGGGUUGGUUACCUGCCUCACGUCCGCGGGCCUUAGAGAGGCCUUAACCAGACCCCGCAGCGGGCGGCGGCCGGCCUAGGUAGCGUCGGCCCUGCCCCUCGGCGACGCUGCGGAAAAGCGGGCGCGCUUUGUGAGUCAGAGGUGGCGGCGGGAACUGCUCGGACUCCGGAACGUCCCUCCCUGCCUCCCCGGUGACUGACGAAAAGCUCCCCUGGAAUAGUGAUUUCACCGAGUGACCGUGAGCUCUGGGCGACGCGUAGCUUGUAGUUCUGGCUGCACUCGGCUAUUCAGGAACUUUCUGAGAAUUUCAGUAUAUGGAAACACUGUCUGUGUUCCAACUGGUGUAUAUUCCAAAGGUCUCAGUGUAAAUGCAGGACCAGAAUAUUGCAUGUCAGUCAGUCAGCCAGCCUUACUCUUAAUGACUCCUGAACUCUCAUGGACUUCUAAAGAAGCACCAUGGCUGUCGUGAUUCCUGCGUUGCUGCGAGGCUUUGUGGGGGCCAUCUGCGCUCAGGCUGCUUCGAGUAGACUGACACCCAGCGCUUUGCGCCACCUUACUCUAAGCAGCGUAAUGAAAUCCAAAAGGAAAACUGAUCACUUGGAGAGAACUGCAGAUGUCGUUCGCCGGGAGGUGGUGUCAGCAGCUAAGGUGUGUGGAGCAGCUGAUGAGUCCCCAUCUGUGAAGAGGCUCCGCCUGCUUGUAGCUGAUAAAGACUUUUCUUUUAAAGCCGGCCAGUGGGUUGACUUCUUUAUCCCAGGAGUCUCUGUGGUUGGUGGGUUCUCAAUAUGCUCCAGCCCCAGACUGCUAGAACAAGAGAGAAUGAUAGAAUUGGCAGUGAAAUACACAAACCACCCUCCUGCUCUCUGGAUUCACAAUCAGUGUACACUGGACUCGGAAGUGGCCAUGAGAGUGGGUGGAGAGUUCUUCUUUGACCCUCAGCCUGCAGAUGCCUCUAGAAACCUUGUGUUGAUUGCGGGAGGAGUUGGAAUUAACCCUCUGCUUUCCAUCCUGCGGCAUGCAGCAGACCUCCACAGAGAACGGGCGAACAAGGGACGUGGGUAUGAGAUUGGAACAAUCAGACUGUUCUACAGCGCAAAAAACACCAGUGAGCUCCUGUUCAAGAAAAAUAUCCUUGAUUUAGUAAAUGAAUUUCCUGAGAAGAUUGCAUGCAGUUUGCAUGUUACAAAACAGACUACACAAAUCAGUGCAGACCUCAAGCCGUACAUCACGGAAGGAAGAAUAACGGAGAAGGAGAUAAGAUACCAUAUUUCAAGAGAGACCUUGUUCUACAUUUGUGGCCCACCUCCCAUGACAGACUUUUUCUCCAAGGAACUGGAGAGCAGCCACGUUCCCAAAGAGCACAUCUACUUUGAGAAGUGGUGGUAGGGGGCAGGCGCAGGUGCAGAAGGGUGGGAUGGAGGUCCACGAGGACAGGGACAGACAGUACACUCUGUGAUUCGUGGUGGAUGAAUUUACCUCUACCCAGUCUUAGUUUUUAAGGCUGUGAACUCAGUGACCGGUUGGAGAAACAAGAAAAACCAGCUGACAGACUUAAAUUAUAAACUUGUUGCAAAAACUUCAUUGAUUAAACUGAUUUUCACUACGUUGACUUUCUUUUAUGAAUAACUGCUUGAUUAUCUCAUGAUGUACUUUGAAUUGGUCAAUAGGGAUUUUCUUUCCCCUUAAGGGAAAAAAAGACAUAGACUUUUAUUCAGUCAUGAAAAUAUGGUUUUGUGUGUGAAAGGUAGGCUAUCUUUAAAUUAUUUGAUAACAACCUAUAUAUCUUAUGUUGAAUAAAUUUAAACAUAAUUUCAUUUGAAAUGCUUUAUAUUUAAUGUCUUAGGGACUUCCUUGGUGUCACAGUGGUUAAGAAUCCGCCUGUCAAUGCAGGGGACACGGGUUCAAGCCCUGGUCCGGGAAGAUCCCACAUGCCAUGGAGCAACUAAGCCCACGUGCCACAACUCCUGAGCCUGCGUGCCACAGCUGCUGAAGCGUGUGCGCCUAGAGCCCAUGCUCUGCAACAAGGGAAACCACUGCAGUGAGAAACCUGCGCACUGCAACGAAGAGUAGCCCCUGCUUGCUUCAACUAGAGAAAGCCCGCGCGCAGCAACGAAGACGCAACGCAGCCAAAAAUAAAAAAAUAAAAAUUUAAUGUUUUAGUUUA